CCUGGAAUUAAAAUUACGUGAUAAUUUCUUAAAAACUUACCUACAAAAAUUGUAUCAUGCGAUAGAGAAUAAUUUAGAAUUUUGUAGGAUACAAUUUGUGUAGGUAGUUUAAGAAAUCUACGGCUAAAUCUCAUUCCAGGUGUUAUCCCUUAUUCCCCCGGUUGACAGUCCGUAUUUUCUUCAGAUCGGCGACUACAUCCUAACCCCAGACACAUGUGUGGAGCGCAAGUCCAUCUCCGACCUGAUCGGCUCGCUGAACUCGGGCCGGCUGUACACGCAGGCAACGCACAUGUGCCGCUGUUACGCGCGCCCUGUCUUACUCAUCGAGUUCGAUCAGAACAAGCCCUUUAAUCUACAGGGACAUUUCGUGGGUUCAAGCGACAUGUCGGGCGCGGACAUCCAGCAGAAGCUGCAGCUGCUCACCAUCCACUUCCCGCGCCUCAAGCUCGUGUGGUCGCCGUCGCCCUACGCCACCGCCGAGCUCUUCCAUGAACUCAAGCAAGGCAAAAAGAACCCGUCCGUGUCCGAGGCCAUAGCGUUCGGCGGGGACAACACGGCAGACGACGUCAACUAUGAACGCUACAACGUUCUGGUACACGACUUCGUGCAGAAACUGCCCGGAGUCACUAGCAAGAACUUAGCGCGGAUCAUGAACAAGGGGCAGUCGCUGGACCAUCUGAUAACUUUGAAUAAGGUACUGUCAUACACAUAUAUACCUACCAUACACAUAUAUACUACCAUACACAUACCACACACAUUCGUAUCUGAAGCUGUGAUCAGCAACAACACGGCAGACGAUGUCGACUAUGAGCGCUACAACGUUCUGGUACACGACUUCGUGCAGAAACUGCCCGGAGUCACUAGCAAGAACUUAGCGCGGAUCAUGAACAAGGGGCAGUCGCUGGACCAUCUGAUAACUUUGAAUAAGGUACUGUCAUACACAUAUAUACCUACCAUACACAUAUAUACUACCAUACACAUACCACACACAUUCGUAUCUGAAGCUGUGAUCAGCAACAACACGGCAGACGAUGUCGACUAUGAGCGCUACAACGUUCUGGUACACGACUUCGUGCAGAAACUGCCCGGAGUCACUAGCAAGAACUUAGCGCGGAUCAUGAACAAGGGGCAGUCGCUGGACCAUCUGAUAACUUUGAAUAAGGAACAACUGGCUGAGGUGAUAGAGAACAAAAACGAAGCAGAUACAUUAUACUCGGUGUUACACGUUAAGGCCACGCCUUCCGACGCCGGCAAAGACGAAAAACAGACCGGCAAGAAGAAAUUCACAGGGAAACUGUUCAGGAGUAAAACCAAAAAAACGUAGUGUCAUUGAUUCUUAAUUUAUUUUUGAGCUAUACAAUAAUUUAUAAGGAAUAAAUCAAAUUAUACAUA